CAAGACCGAGCGGUAUGGAGACGCUUGCGCCCGUUACGUCACGAAACGUGCUCUAACCUAUUCGAGCCUCGAUACGGCUUCCGAUACCCGACUCCGACGAGGUCGGAAAAAUCUCACAUCGCACAGUGGUAGUCAAAUACCCUGCCUGUGGCGACCUCGGCUUGGACCCAUGACACUCACAGAACCUACGUUCUUCUCGCGGAACUACGAGACUGGCCCAUGAUCGUGGUUUCAUGAGUUAUUCACCGAUGGCAGAGGUCGUAUGUCACCGGAUGCAUCAUGCACCAUACCACCGCUCAAGCAACGUACGUCGUCGCUGGGAACCCAGCAAAUUCCGAACCCGAUCCACGCAUCAGGGCAUCAGGGGUGGGACAAGCUUUCAAGGUCGGGCUGGGAACCACUCAUUUGCUACACACGGCCUACGUCUUUGCCGACCCUUUCGAUUACCGCAUUCCUACUCAGAUCAAACGUGCAUCCGAUUUGCUCACUCUUAUGAGCGCUGAUCCGCUCGACGCAUCCGGUGUCCCUGGUGCCUUACAGCGUAGCCUUUUGCCUCCCCGUCGGAAGAAAUGCAAUGCUCAAGUCCCUGCGGGCCCAGCUUCUCAAUGCAGCGGCACCAUGCAGAUGACUGAUCCGUACCCCUGCGCGUUCAUUGCAUGACAGCUGCCCAGCUGCCUGGCGGUUAUGGACAUUGGUGCCCGGCGCAUGCUCUCCCGCGGCUGACGUCGCGAGUCUAUACCGAAUGGAAGGCAUGCCGCACUCAUGCUGGAGGGUAUAAAACCGAAGGCCAGGAGGAGAGGAACGUGCAGGGUGUGUUCUUGAAACUGAC